AGGCGGGGCCUGGAGUAGAGCUAGAGCGCCGACGGAAAAGGGAGGGUGGCCUCCGGAAAAGGAGGGGCCAGGGUUGGUUCCUAACUCUCACAAUUGGAUAAAAGCCGACUGUGAGCGCCUCCUCGGUUCUGCGCCAACAGGGUACUGUUGGAUUUCCAUCCCUUUGCCCUAGCCAACCAUGGCCUGCCCUCUGCGUUCCUUGCUGCUCCUGCUGGCCGUCCUGGCCGUGGCCUGGGCCGCGACCACCAAGCAAGGCCCGCGAAUGUUGGGAAGCCCGGUGGAGGCCGAUGCCAACGAGGAAGGCGUGCAGCGAGCGCUGGACUUCGCCGUGAGCGAAUACAACAAGGGCAACAACGAUGCGUACCACAGCCGCGUCAUACAGGUGGUGAGAGCUCAAAAGCAGCUCGUGGCUGGAGUGAACUAUUUUUUGGAGGUGGAGAUGGGUCGAACUACAUGUACCAAGUCCCAGCCAAAUUUGACUGACUGUCCUUUCCAUGACCAGCCCCAUCUGAUGAGGAAGGCACUCUGCUCUUUCCAGAUCUACAGCGUGCCCUGGAAAGGCACACACUCCCUGACAAAAUUCAACUGCAAAAACGCCUAAGGGCUGAGUCUCGUAGGAUCGAUUGUUCCUUACCUGUACUCCUUCCCUAUAGUGUUUCAGCCCUCGGAAGGGUGCUCUAGCUCUCGGGGACACCUCCAGUGUGUUUGCACCAGGAGACAGUACAGAAGCUGCUUCAGGCAGGUUCUGCACAUCUGAACAGCUGUCCCCUGGUUACUCUCUUCUUGCAGUACCUGUCAUGCCUUGCUCAAUUAAAAAAAAUCAAAAAAAAA